UGACAGACUCGUGCUCGCUCUCAGUCUGUGCUUCAGUCGACAGCAGCAGCGAUGGCUCUCCUCAAAACCACCAAGUUCAUCUCUUCUGUUGGGAGUUUGACCCCUUCGUUGGCUAGCCUACCUAUUAGAGCCAGCUCAUGGUGGACUGAGGUGCAGAUGGGACCCCCUGAUCCCAUCCUGGGGGUGACUGAGGCCUUCAAACGGGACACAAACUCAAAGAAAAUGAACCUUGGUGUGGGGGCAUACAGGGAUGACAAUGGAAAACCAUACGUUCUCAACUGUGUCCGCAAGGCUGAGUCUCUGAUUGCCUCUAAGGCGCUGGAUAAAGAGUAUCUGGGCAUUGGGGGUCUGGGUGAUUUUACUAAGGCUUGUGCUGAACUUGCUCUGGGGCAUGACAGUGAGGUUCUCAAAAGCAAGAGGAGCAUUACUGUCCAGACAAUCUCAGGCACUGGUUCUCUGAGGGUUGGAGCCAAUUUCCUGUCACGCUUCCACACAGUUGCGAGGGAUGUAUACUUGCCGAAGCCAUCCUGGGGAAAUCACACACCUAUUUUCCGUGAUGCUGGGAUGCAGCUGAAAGCGUACCGCUACUAUGAUCCCGCUACGUGUGGCUUUGACUUCACUGGAGCGCUUGAUGACAUCUCUAAAAUUCCAGAGAAUAGUAUAAUCCUGCUCCAUGCUUGUGCUCAUAACCCCACCGGUGUCGACCCGCGACCAGAGCAGUGGAAGGAGCUGUCAGCCGUCAUUAGGGAGAGGAAACUUCUGCCAUUCUUUGACAUGGCCUACCAAGGCUUUGCUAGUGGAGACAUUGAUCGGGAUGCCUGGGCUGUGAGAUACUUCAUUGAGCAGGGCCACAACAUUCUCCUGUCCCAGUCUUUCGCCAAGAACAUGGGUCUCUAUGGUGAGCGUGUUGGAGGGUUCACAGUGGUGUGUGGAGAUGCUGAAGAGGCUAAAAGAGUCGAGUCUCAGCUCAAGAUCCUGAUUCGCCCCAUUUACUCCAACCCUCCCAUGAAUGGCGCCCGCAUCGCCUCCACGAUCCUCACCACACCAGAGCUGCGUUCCACAUGGCUGGAGGAGGUGAAGGGAAUGGCAGAUCGUAUCAUUAGAAUGAGAGAAAUGCUGGUGACUAAUCUGAAGAAGGAGGGAUCCACUCACAACUGGCAACAUGUGAUUGACCAAAUCGGCAUGUUCUGCUUUACCGGACUCAAGCCUGAGCAGGUGGAGCGUCUGACUAAGGACUUCUCUGUUUACAUGACUAAAGAUGGCCGGAUCAGCGUUGCCGGCGUGACCUCUGGAAAUGUCGAAUACCUCGCACAUGCCAUUCACCAGGUCACCAAGUAGACCAAAUUUGCUAUGAUGGGAGAUUUAACUUCUAGACCUGUUUAGUCCGCCCCAGUAUUCCUCUUUGGACUCAGAUCUCGGCUUCACUUCAUUUGGCUGUUUCACUAGGUCAACAUGGAUCCCUAACAUGGAUGCUAUCAGGGUGUCUAACAGGAGUCAUCUCAGACUAUCCUGUGGUUCAGUGACUAAUAAGCACACUUCAGACAGUUUUUCAUCCUGUUAAACUCUGUAUGAACUUUAUUUAUUGUGUGAGUGAAGUAAAAUGAACAACAAUAAUAAACCGUAUUGUGUCCAUUUCA